AUGUCAGGAUACGAUGGUUACACCAGUUAUAGGUCCACUCGCAAGAGGCAACGCUCAGAAUCGCCCUACGACGACGACCGCAAUGGCCGCAACGAAGACCGUCGAUACAAGUCUGCAAGGCAUGACGAAGAUGAGGACGACAACGAUGUCCUCCCACAGCCGUUUGAUGCCCGCAAGUUAGCUCCGGCCAAGAGAACACAAACUCCCACUACCAGCGGCGAGCCUAGAAAGCAGAAGCGGCCUGGCCAACGUGCCCGCAUCACGGAAGCCGAGCGCGAACAGAUUCGUCAACGUCAGAUGGAGCGCGAGCGCCAGGCUCAGCGGGAGGCAGAAGCGGCCGCCGAAGCCGAGCGCCGCAACACGGUUAAUGACGUCGUACGCGCCCAUUACAAUGCUGUGCCCGAGCGUGGCCGUGACUGGCGCAAGACGGACAGUCGCAUCAAAGGUCUCCGCUCCUUCAACAACUGGGUCAAGAGCUGUAUCAUCCAAAAGUUUUCUCCUGACGAAGACCACUCGCCUGGCGCUCGUGAGCGGGGAAUCAGUUCGAACAAUCAGCUGUUGGUGCUCGACAUUGGAUGCGGCAAGGGCGGUGAUUUGGGCAAAUGGCAGCAGGCGCCACAGCCCGUGGAGCUCUAUGUUGGGCUGGACCCAGCAGAUGUCUCUAUCGACCAGGCGCGCGAUCGGUAUCGUAGUAUGGUGGCUCGUGGCGGUCAUGGCGGCAGGGGUGGACGGGGUGGCUAUAAUAGGAGACAGCCGCCACUCUUUGAUGCGCGAUUCCACGUCAAGGACUGCUAUGGCGAGUCGAUUGAGGACAUUGACAUUAUCCGGCAGGUCGGAUUCGCGUCGUCCAACAUUGGUGGCCCCAGCCAUCGGGGCUUCGAUGUGGUCAGCAUGAUGUUUUGCAUGCACUACGCCUUUGAGACGGAGGCUAAGGCGCGGCAGAUGCUGAAGAACGUGGCCGGUGCACUGAAGAAGGGUGGUCGGUUCAUAGGAUGUAUCCCGAACUCGGACGUCAUCAGCUCAAGAGUGGAGGAGUUCAACAAGCGAUUGGCAGAGCAGCAGAAGGCUAAGGAGGAUCAGGCCCAACCGAGUGUUGAAACCGACGGAAACACGCCCAAGGAAUCAGUUCCCAACGGAGAUGAAAAGCUCUCAUCAGACCAAUCACAGAGGAAGCCUACUCCAGAAGAGGGCGAGGCCUCGGAACAAACCCCCAAACCUGACGAGGACAAGGAAGAAGGGGAGCUGGAGGAAGGCGAGCUUGAACCUACUUCCGAACCCAAACCACCCUCCGACCCAACCAUCGCAGAAUGGGGUAACGACAUUUACCGCGUGCGGUUCAACGGCCCCACGCCUGCUGACGGAAUCUUCCGCCCUCCGUUCGGGUGGAAGUACAAUUUCUUCCUUCAUGAGGCCGUCGAGGAGGUCCCCGAAUACGUGGUUCCCUGGGAGGCCUUCCGUGCGCUUGCGGAGGAUUAUAACUUGGAGUUGCAGUACCACAAAACUUUCACGGACGUGUGGGAGACGGAGAAAGAUGACCGUGAACUGGGGCCCCUGAGCGAGAGGAUGGGGGUCAGGGAUAGGAUGAGCGGAAAGUUGUUGGUAAGCCCAGAGGAGAUGGAGGCGGCGAGCUUCUACGUUGCUUUCUGCUUCUACAAGGUUUGAGGCUGUUUUCAAGGUGGUUCUGCAAGGGAGUCUUGGACGCUUUCCACGGGGUAUGAUUUAUUUUCCCCAAACUCGAUUACAUUUACUGCGCCAUGAUGGGUUGGCAAUGGACCUCGAAUGAUGUGUUUCCCUUCCUUGUGUCUGAAGAAAGAUGUUAUCUUAUCAGAGGAAGGCGAAGUGUGACCUUGCUUUUGCUAUUUUAUUUUAAUGUCUUGGGGCCUCCGCCGUGCGUCUCGUGUUGAAGAACGAGAAGACGGUUUAACUAAAAAUUACGGAUGGGUUUGGACGGGCGGAGUGGUUCUCAACUACAUGAUAGACAAUUACCAAGAUGUCUCGU